AUGGCUGACACUGGAAUUGGCGCCGAUGGCGCGGGCGCGACUGAUGCGACGGCAUCGGCGAUGGGGGUGGCGGCUGAUGCGGCGGCCCGGGCAAGCGAUGAUGUUGGGGUUGCGGUGGCGUUGGACUCUGGGUACUUUGCCGUCGAGCCCAAACGAGAUUGUCCGCAUGUGGCCUUGGUGCGCCCGAUGCUUGAGUUUGAGCUGGAGAGCCCUUGUUGUGACUGCGGCCAUGUCGGCGAGAACUGGGUCUGCCUGGCCUGCAGCACGGUACGCUGCAGUCGCUACAUCAAUGGCUGUAUGCUGAAGCACUAUGAAGACUCCCGCGGCACACUGCCGCCCAGUCUUCCUCUGCCACCCGCACUUCGCGCGUCGGGUCAUGCGGUCGCCUUUAGUUUUAGUGAUUUUUCCUUCUGGUGCUUUGAAUGUGACUCGUAUGUCGAGUCGCCAGCUCUUCGCCCCAUCAAACGAGGCGCCACCGUCAUGCGCUUUGGUGAAGAGCGAGCCCGCGAAGCCUUUGGCUAG